UGCCUCCUCGUUGGCCACACAGCACAGCUCAGCUCAGCUCAGCUCAGCUCUCUCCUCCGCUCGGCGUUGUUGCCGUUUCUCAUCCACUCAUGCGGGCGCCGCUGAAGCCGAUGGACUAGUCGGAGGUUUGUGGCUCCCACUGCUGCUGCUGCUGCUGUUGGUGGUGGACUGUGUAGUGACCAUGGCUGCCAAAGACGACAUCUACAGUAAAAUCCUGCCACGGAGGCUCCGGCAGAACCGACCGGGCUCAGUGAAAUGUGGCUCUAAUCUUGAUGUGCUGUUGUCCAUGGGCUUCCCCAGACCCAGGGCGCUCAAAGCUCUGGUUUCAACAGGAGGUCGGAGUGUGCAAGCAGCAUGUGACUGGCUGUUUUCCCAUGUGGACGACCCGUUCCUGGACGACCCCCUGCCCAGGGAGUUUGUCCUCUACCUACGACCCAGUGGACCACUUCAGAACCAGCUCUCCCACUUCUGGCAGCAGAGCCGGGUCACUUGUGGCAAAAACAAAGCCCACAACAUUUUUCCCCACAUCACUCUCUGCCAGUUCUUCAUGUGUGCAGACCACAAAGUAGAAGCCCUGUGUGAAGCCCUCCAGGCCAGUGUACAGCAGUGGCGAGGUCGCUUCCCCAGCCCACUGCCCCUGGAGCUCUACACGUCCUCCAACUUCAUUGGCCUUUUUGUGGAAGAACAGGUGGCCGACGUCCUCAAGCAGUUUGCAGCCGACUUUGCCACAGAGGCUGCUGGGAAGGCAGAAGUCCAUGUUGAGCCUCAUAAGAAGCAGCUCCAUGUAACUCUGGCCUACAACUUUCCCAGCGAUCACCUCCCAUCACUGGAGAAACUGGCCAAGGGCAUCGAGGUCAAGCUGGGCUGUGAUUGGUUGGCUGUCUUGUUCUCCCGGGACAUUCGUUUUGCUAACCAUGAGACCCUGAAGGUGAUGUAUCCCUACAUGCCUCAGAAUGAGGAUGAGCUGGAGCUGGUUCCUGGGGAUUUUGUCUUCAUGUCACCAGUGGACCAGAGUGGGACCAGUGAAGGUUGGGUGUACGGAACCUCGCUGGCCACAGGGCUUUCUGGACUGCUGCCUGAGAACUAUGUCAGCCUGGCCGAUGAGUCCGACACUUGGGUCUUCCACGGCUCCCAUUCCUUCUUCAGCUGUGGGCCCAGUGACAAGACCAGUAAGGAGCGAGGGAUGUUAGAUGGACUGCUGGACAGCCGACGCCCUGAUAGCACUAGUCCUGGAGACACACCCGGCCUCAGUCUCAUUUGUCAUCCAAUGCAGCAGGUCCUGCGGAUCAGUGGCGGUCACCCACGGCAGUCCAAACGCUCACUUUUCGUCUGCCGGCACGGAGAGAGGAUGGAUGUGGUUUUUGGCAAACACUGGCUCACCCUCUGCUCAGACAGUAAAGGUAGAUAUGUUCGCUCCAAUCUGAACAUGCCCCCCAGUUUGCCACUGUGGGGCGGGCAGAGAGACUAUGACAUGGACACUCCUCUCACUGUGUUUGGAUCCACUCAGGCUCGACUAGUGGGUGAGGCCCUGCUAGAGAGCAGCACAGUGAUAGACUUUGUGUAUUGUUCCCCAUCUCUGCGAUGUGUUCAGACUGCACAGAACAUCCUGAAAGGUCUGCAGCAGGAUGCUAAACUGAAGGUUAGAGUGGAACCAGGUCUUUUUGAAUGGACCAAGUGGGUUUCUGGGAACUCGCUGCCUGCAUGGAUACCUCCAGCUGAUCUAGCUGCUGCCAAUUUCAGUGUGGACACAACAUAUAGACCACUGAUCCCUGUCAGCAAGCUCACUGUGUCUGAGUCCUAUGAGAGCUACAUGAGUCGGAGCUACCAAGUGACCAAAGAUCUCCUGUCGGACUGCAAAAACACUGGAAACAACGUGCUGAUUGUAGCCCACGCUUCUUCCUUAGAGGCCUGCACACGCCAGCUGCAGGGCCGCGGCCCACGGAGCGCCAAGGACUUCAUCCAAGUAGUCCGAAAGAUCCCCUACCUGGGCUUCUGCUCCUGUGAGGAGCAGGGGGACACUGGGGUGUGGCAAUUAAUGGACCCACCCAUCCUUCCCCUCACACAUGGACCAAACCACAGCUUUGACUGGAGGGAAACACUUGAUCAAGAAUGAUGUCUGCCCGACCAGAAACCCUCCAGCCUCCCUUCAAUCUGAUCAUACUGCAAAAAAAAAAAAUA